UGUUUACUUUUUAACAUACCUAAUACAUAACACAAUAUCUAAAUCUUGUGAUCAAAAAUUAAUAACAAACUUCAUUUUAAUGUAAUUAAAUGCAAAUCAUUUUAUUACUCACACCCGCAAUUUAACUUAGAAACUUGUAAAAUGAAAGACCGGAUGCUGCGAGUGAACAUUAUACCAGUAGAAGAUAGUUUUGUGCAUUUAUCUUCAAAAUUGAUUCGGGAACUCAACGACUUGAGACACAACAAACAAACAGUUUGUCUUAAAGUAACAGCCAUCGAUGGUGUGCAACAAGAGUUUUAUGCGUCCUAUUGUCAAACUCCAUGCAAUUCAAAUGGAGCUGAUGCAUUUAAUAUCAGUUAUGAGCUAUCUACAACAAUAGGACUUAAUGCAUCACAGUAUGUGUUGAUUUCAUUAAUUGAUCAAAUUUAUCCAUUAGAACGAGUCUUUGUUACCCCAGUCACUAAUGAAGAUUGGGACUUAUUAGUGCUAAAUAAUUAUUCGCUUCAAGAUAGAAUAUUACAACAACUACAAAUAGUUCAUAAAAAUCAAAUUUUUCCGAUAUGGGUUUCAAAGUUUGUACAUUUAAACAUUUGUAUAGAUGAUUUAGAAAAUGGUUUACAAGUUGGAUCAUUAAAAGAAUCAACUGAAAUAGUUGUAAAACCUAAUGUAAAGACUUCAGACAGAAACAUUAAUAUCAAUCAAAAUGUAUAUAGUGUUCAAACAGAUGCUGUUAAUCAAAAUUAUUGUAUUCCUAUAACAAAAUAUCAUAAUCGUUUUAUUUAUCGCACUAUUUUAGUUGAAAAAACAUUAUUAGAAUCUGAUUAUAUAUAUGAUUAUUGUGCUCUUAUUUCUAAAGAACAUAUGUCAAUAAUAUUUAAAAAUAAUGAUGCCUAUUCUACUGAGAAUUGUUUUGUUAAAAUAUCACUCAUUCAUGAAUUUGAUAGAAACAAAUCAGAAGACUCAGAAAACAAAUCAAAAAUUAAUAACCCAUCUAUAAUUAUACGUUUAUGUCCACUGGACCCAUUUAUGAAUAAUAUUGAGAAAAUGGAAGUUAUUACUUGGCCAACUAUUUAUGUUACUAAUAUCUUAAGCAAAAUGUUGGGUCUAAAAAUGAAUUCAAAGGUUAUAUUGGAACCGAUAAGCCGAAUUGAAAAUGAAAUUUGUGAUGUUCGGAAUAUUCACAUUUCCCCUUCAAAUAACAUAAAAAUAGUUGAGGAAGAAACACUUAUUGAAUGCACAAUAAAAAGAUUAAAAGAUGAAAUCAUACUUCGAGAAAUUUUGGUUUUAAAUAAUUCAACUUUACUACGAGUGGUAUACAAUAAAAUAUCAGCAAUAGAUGUAUUAGUGACAUUUUCUCCAUCAAAUAUUCCUUUUGUUUUUCUCAAUGAAUUUAAUUUUGGAAUGCUCUCAUUUACAAGUGAAACUGAUAAAAACUAUCACAAUAAUCAUGGGAAUUCCAUAAAAAACGCUGAUCUUAAGCAGAUAAUAGAAAGUAUAAUAUCUAACAUUUCAAAGCCAGAACAUUAUGAAUUAAAAUGUUUUAAAGAAAUGUAUAAAACUGGAUCUCUGUGCUUAAAACCUGGUUUACAAUGUUACACAUCUUUACCACAAACAUUUUUUGCAUUUGAUAAUUUAUUGAUAACAGGAGCGAUUGCAUCUGGAAAAACAUCAGCAGCUAAAUUAUUUUGCAAUAAGCUUUCUAAGUGUCCAUAUUUUGUAAAAAUUAUUUGGAUUAACGGGAGGUUUCUAGCAGGUAAAUUAUGGGAAACAGUCCAAAAACAAAUAAAUAGUGAUUUUCAAGAAUGUUUGUAUUAUCAGCCAGCUAUUAUUGUUAUUGAUGAUUUUGAUGAUUUAUGUCAUUUAAAUUCUGAACCUAAUGAGCAUGCUGAUAUGUCUAAAAUUUAUAUGCGACCUCUUCAUUUGUUAAUGCGAUUGAUUGAAAACUACACUAAUAAUCAGUAUUGUAUCAGAGUUGUUUGUACUGCUAAACCAUUAAAUCAAGAAAAUGAAAAUUUAUUUUCAAAACAGUUUAAACAUGUCUUUAAAACUGUGAUACAUGUACCAUUAAUUGACAAGGAGAACAGGAAAAUAAUUAUUUCAAAACGACUUAAUAAAAUUAAAUUUAAUAAUGAUGUAGAUGAUGAUUUUUUAAUGACUAUUUGUGACAAAAUGGAUAACUAUGUAAUUCAGGAUAUUAUUGAUUAUUGUGAUAAAGUUUUAUUUGAAAUAUUUAAGGGUGGGUGUGAUAAAACAUUGAAUAAAACUAUUUUAACUGACGUUUUUGAAAAAACUGUUCCACUUUCAUUACAUAAUGUGAAAUUAUUCAAAGAAAAAAAUGUCAAUUUUUCAUCAGUGGGUGGUCUAAAAGAAGCCAAACAAUCAAUUACUGAAACAAUUAUUUGGCCAUCAUUAUACUCUGAUGUAUUUAGCAAGUGUCCGCUUAAACUACAGUCAGGAGUUUUAUUAUAUGGUGCGCCGGGUACAGGCAAAACAUUGUUGGCAAGAGCAAUUGUUGGAGAGAGUAACUUAAACUUUAUUUCAGUCAAUGGUCCUGAAUUACUUUCUAAAUAUGUUGGUGAAAGUGAAGAAAGUGUUAGAAAAGUAUUUCAAAGAGCUCAGAACGCAAAGCCAUGUAUUAUAUUUUUUGACGAGUUUGAAAGUAUUGCACCCAAUCGAGGUUCAGAUCAAACGGGAGUAACAGACAGAGUGGUUAAUCAAUUCCUAACCCAGUUAGACGGUGUUGACACAUUUGAAGGCGUAUGGGUGAUUGCAGCCACUUCUCGUCCAGAUCUUGUUGAUCAGGCAUUGUUAAGACCUGGUCGAAUUGGUGUUAAAUUACAUUGUCCAAUUCCGACAAUGGAUGAUAGAGAAGAUAUAUUACGAGUACUUUGUAAUAAAGUUACUUUGUCUUCAGACAUUAACUUACAUAUUGUUGCUACUGAAACAAUCAACUAUACAGGUGCAGAUUUAAAUGGACUAUUAUACUCAACACUUUCAAUUGCAGAAAAAAGACUACUGAGAGAUCAAGACAGUGCGUCGUCUUUAAAUCCGGAUGUCGACUCUCAGAUAACGAUCACUAACGACGAUUUUAGGGAAGCUUUAAAAACAACUAAACCGUCUUUACACCAAUCCGAUAUCGACCGUUACGCAGAGAUACAUAGAGUAUUUUCUGGGAAAAGAAUCGAUAGUGGAGGUUUCACAGAAGGCUAUUUAGAGAGUAAAAGAAAACAAAAAACGACAUACGCAUGAUUAUCUUAUACUAAAAUAAUAAUAUGUGUUGUUUUAUUUUUUUAUGUGGAGGUGAUUUUGUUUUUUUUUAUAAAAAUAAAA